AUGGAAAACCAAACAUAUUUGGCGGAAAAAUGGGAAAUCAUUCGAGCACAAAGUCGCGAUGAUGAAGAAGUGAAAAAUCUUGAGGAACAAAUUGGAAAAAUAAUACAUUCUUUAUGUAAAAGCAAUAAUGGUCUAUUGUAUGCAUCAAAAGAGUAUCUAGCAAAGUUUCUCUAUUAUGCAAUGACAUUGCUUUCAGAUGUGCAAACGAUUGGUGAUGAAUAUCUUCAUCUCAUCGAAACAGAUGAAACAAUGAAAUACACACCGAGUACCGGAUCAAAAACCAUGUUCACUUUUUGGCAUGUGCUGCUUCAUUUGCCAUAUCUCUACUUGAAACAAUUUGGACGUCGAAGUUCGUACUACCAAAAGAUUCAGAAUCCAAAGCUAAAGCGAACCCUCAAAGAGCUAUUAAAAAAGAGCCUUUACGCCAUUUCAUUGAGCGAGCGUUUUCACUUGUCAAUUUUCUAUAUCUAUGGAAACUUCUACAACAUCUCACGUCGAUUCGCUGGAAUCAAAUAUCUAUCAUCCAGCCCGCAAACGGAUCCACAGGCUCUCAAGUUAUACCGAAUUCUCGGCUUUUUAUCAAUCGGUCAAUGUUUGAGCUCGCUGGUGUUCAAUAUUUGGCAGCAUGCUUUUACCAAUCAAAAUCAAGAAGGCGAUAAUGAGACAAUUGAGACGAACGAGGAGCUCAAACUGUCAUUUCAAUGCACGGUCUGUCUCGAACAUUCACCUCCGGCCACUUCUGGAUGUGGUCACAUCUUUUGUUGGAAUUGUUUACAAGCCACCGCCAAGGAAGAUUCACCCAAAUGUCCUUCAUGUCGAAAAGAUUUCGAACCACAAAGCGUUGUGCCUUUAUUAAAUCUG